UUCUUGUCAGCUGUUGUUUCUCUGUGAGAAACAACAGCUGACAGAGAAAUGGUCGUCUUUGCUUAUGUGGCGAAGGGAAGUGGCAGAGGACUCCGUAAAGAAGCAGUCAGAGCAGGAUCCUCCUGUCUGCUGCUACGUCUCCAUGUUCAUGUGGUGACGGAGCGGGUUGCUAACUGCACAACGGACAGGAAGUUUGGUGAAAUAACGACACUCUAAGUAAAGCUGACUGUAGGUCACUGAGGUGAUGGGAUUUAUGAUUUCAUGACUCAAAUGGAAGGAAAGAAAAAAACAUUUAAAUUUUCUCAGUAUUUUCUGCAGGACUUCCUACGUGUGUAUUUGCUCCGCCCCCUUUUCUAAACGUCACGACAGCUGUGAGGAUCACACUAACACGCCUCCAUUACAGACUGUCUGUAUGAGAGCGGCUUCACUCCUGAAACACCUGAACUCCACGUGAGCUGCAGCUGCUGGCGGCUCGCGCCUGUCGGUCCACAUCACAGAGGAAUGAGGAAGCUGCAGCGUCACAGCUCCUCCUGCUGCUCCUGCUGUCUGUCCUCGGUCGUUUGAAGGGACGAGAUAAGAGGACAGAACUGGGGUCCGGAUCGAUCGUAUGAAGAUGACCCACCUCAACAGGCUCCUCGGGACUCCGUCAGCUCAGACCCGGUCCUAAGAGUCUCCUGCAGGUUCCGUGACUGAGCGACAUGGAUCAGAACCACCAGGACUGGAUGUCCGCUUUACCCGAGCAGCUGUGGGACGUUCCUCUGAGCGACAUGGCCAUACCCGGGAGCCACGACACCAUGAGUUACUGUCUGGACAUCAACUCCCCCUUGGUCCGGUCCGAAUCGGACUGUUUCAGGCUGCUGGACGGACUCUUCUACUGCUUCACCAGACCGGCCAUUUUCAGGUGGUCCACGACACAGGACAAGAGCAUCGAGGAGCAGCUGUCGAUGGGGAUUCGCUACUUCGACCUCCGCGUCGCACGCAAACCCAACGACUCGUCCGGGGACCUGUACUUCACCCACGUCAUAUACACACACCUGAUGGUUUUGGAAACACUGUCGUCUGUUGCCGCCUGGCUGGACUCUCACCCGAAGGAGGUUGUCAUCCUCGCUUGCAGUCACUUUGAGGGAAUCAGCGACAGACUCCAUCAAGCCUUCAUCCUCUCCCUGAAGAAGCUGUUCGGCUCGAAGCUCUGCCCCCGCGAGGAAUCGGUCCUGACCUUGCGGAGUCUGUGGGCAUCUGGUUACCAGGUCGUCCUGUCCUACGACUCGCAGACUGCAGUGAGACAUCAGGAGCUGUGGCCCGACAUCCCCUACUGGUGGGCCAACCAGCGCACAGCACAGGGAGUGAUCAGUUACCUGGACUGGAACAAAGGCCUGGGACGUCCAGAGGGCUUCUUUGUCGCCGGUCUGAACCUGACGGCUGAGCGGUCUUACAUCGCCAAAAAUCCGAAGCAAUCCCUGCGGACGCUGACCUUCAGUAACUGGGAGUGUUUGAGGAAGUGGCUGGAGGAGCAGAGGCCCGGCUCGGACCCACACAGCCUCAACAUCAUCGCAGGAGACUUCGUGGGUCCGCUCCCACUCUGCUCGCUGGUCAUCGCCCUGAACCAAAAACUUCUACGAAAGAACAGUUAGAUAAAAACAAACAUUAUUCAGCUGUGAUUUUAUCCCACAGUGACUGAUCUCAGAGUACCUGCUGUAUACCUCACUUCCUCUUUUCUAUAUUUCUGUCCAUUUAUUUGCACUUCUAACUCGUUUCUCACUGAAAAAAAAAUGUUUUGAAGAA